AUGGAAGGCCCCCAUCCCGGGACAGUCGGCCGACCAAUCGAGGCCCAACAUUUCCGAGCCCCCGGCCUGGAGUUGUCAACAGGAGUUGGAUUUGACCGCCACCUUCAGAAAGCUCCGCUCAGCAAGAAUGAGCUUCAACCGCCGCAGACGGCGUGGAAGACGUAUUGGAUGGACAAAAUUGUCCGUCAAUGUCUGUCAGGCCUUUGGAUGGCGUCGGCAAAGAUCGCAAGUGAUAACGCUAUUCUUGUAGGAGCCCGUCUUUGGGGAAACGGCAUUUUUAGCCUUACAGGUUUCGUGAUCCAUUCGUUCGGUUGA